AUGAAAUAUACUAAGUUAAAUUUUAUGAUGUCGGUUCUUGGCAUUGUAAUCUAUGUAAUUGAUUUAAUUGUGGAUACCUGGGUGUCUGUCAGGUUUUUCCAUGAGGGACAGUAUGUUUUCGGUAUUUUAACAGUAAGCUUUAUGCUCUUUGGAACACUUGUGGUCCAGUGUUUUAGUUAUUCUUGGUUCAAGAACGAUUUAAAGGAAUCAGGCCAAGAAAGUCAGCAUUGUUUUCUUCUACUUCAUUGCUUGCAAGGAGGAGUUUUUACAAGGUAUUGGUUUGCCUUGAAAAAGGGUUAUCAUGUGGCUUUCAAAAACACCAGCAAAACGGAUAACUUCGUGGAAGAACAAAUCAAUCCUCAUAAAGAAGUUAUAGAUAGGGUGACAGAUUUGAGCAUGCUCAGGCUAUUUGAGACCUACCUGGAAGGCUGCCCACAACUUGCUCUUCAGCUCUACAUCCUUCUGGAACAUGGUCAAGAAAAUUUCACUCAGUAUGCAGCCAUCAUGGUCUCUUGCUGUGCUAUUUCUUGGUCGACUGUUGAUUAUCAAGUAGCUUUAAGAAAAUCCUUACCUGAUAAAAACCUUCUUAAUGGACCCUGUCCUAAACUCGUAUAUCUCUUUUACAAGUUGUUUACAUUAUUAUCUUGGAUGUUGAGUGUUGUGCUUCUUUUAUUCUUAAAUGUUAAGAUUGCUUUACUCCUGUUGUUAUUUCUUUGGUUUUUAGGUGUAUUGUGGGCAUUUAAAGAACAGACUGAGUUUUGUGCUUCCAUAAGUAUGGAAUUCAUAUACAGGAUUGUUGUUGGAUUCAUUCUUGUCUUUACAUUUUUUAAUAUUAAGGGACAGAAUACCAAAUGUCCAAUGUCUUGUUAUUAUAUUGUAAGGGUAUUGGCCACAUUGGGGAUAUUGAUUGUGUUCUGGUUUUACCCACUCUCUAUUUUUAAUUCAGACUAUUUUAUACCUGUCAGCAUCACUAUAGCUCUUACUCUUCUCCUUGGAAUUAUUUUUCUUAUUGUUUAUUAUGGGACUUUGCACCCAAACAGAAGUGAAGAAACAAAACUGGAUGAAGUUGAUGGAAAACCAGUUCAAAGAGACUGUAGAAUGAAGUAUUUCCUAAUGGAAUAG